GCCAUACAACCCUCAAACUUGAGAUAGCUCGAACAAAAUCCAGACGAACAGAGAGACCAAAAUGGCUGUCUCUACUCUAACCGUUACGACCCCAAAGCUCCUUUCCCUUCAAACCUUCAACCACAAGUCCUUCUUCACCACCAAAUCCCCCUCUUCUUCUUCUUCUUCUUCUUCUUCCUCUUCUUCUUCGCCUUCUUUUUGUUCUGGUUCUUCUCGCUCUUGUUUUUCGAAUGCAGACAAUGCGAAGCUCUCUAUCGCUUCAGUUUCUUCAACCAAGAAGCGUGUAUUUGAUAUGGGAAUUGGGCUUUUAGCAGCGUCAGUUCUGGCUAUGUCACCGUUGGAUGCCAAUGCUACCAGAAUUGAGUACUACGCCACUGUGGGAGAGCCUCUGUGUGAACUCAACUUCGUUAAGUCUGGGCUUGGUUACUGUGACGUGUCAGUCGGCUCCGGUGAGAAAGCUCCUUAUGCUGAGCUUAUCGAUGUUCACUACACUGCAAGAUUCGGUGAUGGGACAGUCUUCGACAGUAGCUAUAAACGUGCUAGACCUCUCACUAUGCGUAUUGGUGUUGGAAAGGUCAUCAAGGGAUUGGACCAGGGAAUUUUCGGGGGUGAAGGAGUACCUCCAAUGCAAGUAGGUGGAAAACGUAAGCUUAGGAUUCCUCCGGAAUUAGCGUAUGGGCCAGAACCAGCAGGAUGCUUUUCAGGUGACUGCAAUGUACCUGCCAAUGCAACUCUUCUAUAUGAUAUUAAAUUUGUUGGUAUCUACAGUGGAAAUAGAAAGUGAAGGAAGCCCAAAUUCAUUUGAUAGCAUAUAGAUUGAAAGCUCGUGAAAAGCGAGACCCUACAUGAACUUUACUAUCUGCACACUUGGCCUGCGAAAUGGACAUCUUUGACUUGCAAUAGAUUGGCCUCACCUUAGGAUCUGCGUUGUCAAAAUAAUAAAGGGGGAAUCAGAAUGGCUGUCACUCAUCUCCUGAGACGUGGAUAAAACAUACUUGCCUGUUCUUGUUUGUUUAUACAGUUAAUGGCUUAUCCUGGUUUGAGUACUAAAGAUCGAAGUAUGAGAUGAGACGUUGCUUAUGGAUAUAUAGGGGUUACUCUGAAAUGAAGGCUGGUAGAUGAUCGUCAAUUCUUUUCCAACCAAAGCAUAGCAGUCUCACUUAAAUUUUAGAAACACUAUGGGAGGUCAAUGAAAAUUUUAGAAUUUCAAAAUUUGUGACAGAAAAAUGGGCAAAAAUUAUGCGUCCAGCAGUCCAGGUAUGGUGCCGCAGAAUCCAUGCUUUUGUUGUUGGGG